AUGCUGCCUCGCAGCCACUUCUUCCACUCGAUCAGGUUCAAAUCAUCAUCAUCACCUAAACCAGCAACCCGGAUCCAUCCCAUCCAGCUCGACCAUCAAUCCCUGAUAAACUCCCAACAUGCUCAAGCCUCAGCUAAAUCACUCAUCGAUCAACUCCUGGCCCAUCAUCCUAAAUUCAAAGAAACCUUAGAGCCAUUCGCAAAGCUGAACUUCAGUACCAGUGGCGGUAAAGGCGGUCAAAAUGUCAACAAGGUCAAUACCAAAGCAACAUUAAAGCUCGAACUCGGCAAACUGAACUCCAUCAUUCCGGCGUAUUGGAUCACCAAUCUGAGUAAUUCACAUUUGUAUGCACCACAAACUGGCCAACUGGUCAUUCAUUCCUCGCUUACCCGGUCUCAGCCAUCCAACGUAGAUGACUGCUGGACAAAAUUACAUCACAUAUUUAAAAGCGCGUCGGAAGCUGGACUGAUUGGUGAAACUUCGGUCGAACAAGCUGAAAAAGUCAAACGACUGAAAUCGAUCGAUAAGAGUAGAACAAAGAAGCUGAAAAGUAUUCGCAAAGAUAUCAAGGCAAAUCGAUCGAAACCUAUCUUUUAA